CUACUUUGCUGUGUCCUCCAUAGACAUUAAAACCAGGUUUCAUCCUACAGUUUCUUCUCCCCCACCUGUCUUAUUCGAGUGCGAGGUUUCCGCCUUUACUUAUUCUGUGGUGGGUGGAGUCGGUCACCUGAACAACAAGGUAUGAGCCAGCCGCCCCGACCGCACAGGGGGCAAAGGGAGAGAAACGGAGAAGGUCCCCGCGAGCAUCGGGAACACAGGCCAAGACGGGAGCCGCGGCACGAUGAUAGACCACCAUCAAGCAACAGGUCCUCUUCUCAGCCCCCAUAUUACAGGGACUCCACACCCCCUCCUAAACAUGGGCGGGACCAGGAAGCCCGAAGAGAGGAUCAUGAGGGGUCCAAAUGCACCCAUAUCUGCUCCAGGAGAGGUAUCGUGUUGAUCUGUUCAGUCCUGACCAAUGCCCUGGUCCUGAUCUGUGUGGUGGCAGCUCAGAUGGUGAUGUCAGGCAUGUCUGCUAUGGGCGGCCUGGCGGGGGGCAGCUUCAAUCUUAACACUAACAUCCCCUUCGAGGGCCAAGAGCUGCAACAGGUGAGAGACCUGGACAUGCAGUACAGCCAGAUGAGAGCUCCGGGAAUAUACGGGGGCGUGGCCUUUGCCCUCGUCUUCGGUGUUGUCUCCCUCCUGUUCGUGGUCUCCGGGAACAAGCCCGCACACCUGCUGGGCCAGAGGCUGCUGAUGGGAGCGUUGGUGUUCCAGGGUUUGGGGGCGGUACUCUACGUGGUGGCGGUGGGGUUGUACCUCCACUUUGUCAUCCAGGUGAACAGUACAGACGUGUGUAAGAGAAGGGAGAGGCUGUAUGCACGUUCAGGUUUAACCUGGAUGAACUGUGAUGUGGGAGGGGCGGACGCGGCUGUGGCGUUGUUCGGGCUGAUCACGGCGAUACUCUACACCGCCGGUACGGUGCUCACGUUCUACACGGUGCGCUGGGUCAGGGGUUACCUGGAGGAUCGCAGGCUACAUGAGAGAGAUAGACGCCCCCCUACCGCCAGCUCCCACCCACAGAGGUCACCACUACGGUCUGAUACUGCUCUGUGAGGGAGAUGCAGGUUGAGUCCCAAAUUCUCUAUAGAGUGCACUACUUUUGACCAGGGCCAAUAGGGCUCUGGUCACAAUAAGUAUAUUAUGUAGGAAAUAGGAUGCCAUUUGGGAUGACGCCACAGAUGAACCCCGGAAGGGACCAAAGGGCUUUAUCCACUCUAUCCAUUUUCAUUAAAACUGUCUGUCCAUUUUUGAUAGUAAUGGGACUUGCAACUACCCACUGGGCAAAGAUGUCAGUUCAACGUCUAGUUUUGAUUUACAUUUGAUUGAGUUGUCAACAGUGAAAUCAACAAAAUGUGAACCAUGUCAUUGGAUUUAGGUUUAAAGUUGGGUGGAAAAAAGACAAAUCCCCAACUUUUUGCAAAUCCAAUAAGUUUGACGUUGAUUCCAAUGUCAUCACAUUGAAUGUUUUUGUCGAAAUGACAUGGGGGAAAAAAACAUUGAUUCAACCAGUUUGUGCCCAGUGGGUAAGGCGCUUGCUCUGUAAACUUUUGUAAAGCAUGGAUUUGAUAUGAAUUCCUUUUUAACUGCAACAUGAAUGACCCACUCUGGUCUAACAGACCGGUCUUGUCAUUCAUCAAUACCAUUUUUGUAUGUGUGUAUAUAGAGGCUGCAUGUAAAUAAACCUUUACAUUUAUCUGCCA